CCCAAUCUUGCACACUUGAUGUCCGAGUCCUCAAAUUGUCCAGAGGAGCAGCUCGAGGCCCCGAUUGGCUGACGUCAGCAUGCAGGAAACCGGUCUGCAUCCAGGUUCCCCUCCUCCAAUUAUAACUCUGCGCAUGAGAGCUUCAUAGUGCAGCUAUAGUGUUGCGCGAUCAAAAGCUGAGAGACCUGAACUUGUUGCUGCACCUCCAACUCCGACGCACCGACUGCACGCGAAUUCACCAGUUUCGCAACUGAAUUUUGCUGUAAUAUAACAUACUUAAAGAUGAUCGCGUCUAGCCUACAGUCGAGCAACGCCAGCGCCCGCGGGGUCUCCCGUCGGAGCGCAAAUGGCCGGCGUGUUGUCCGUGUGUCCGCUGCUGCUAAUGGAUCGAACGGCCACCGCACUACCUUCCACCGGAUGAUUGAGGAGAACGGCUGCCUGCUACUGCCCGGCGUUUAUGACGCAUUGUCGGCAAAGGCUGCCUACAAGAAGGGGAUCAAGGCUGGGUUCGUGAGCGGCUAUGCGGUGUCUGCCACCGUCAUCGGCGAGCCCGACCUGGGCCUGCUGACGCCCCCGGAGAUGGCCCGCAAGGCUGGCCAGAUCAGCGGCGCCGUGCCCACCCUGCACAUCAUUGCAGACGCCGACACCGGCGGCGGCAACGUGCUGAACGUGCAGCGCACCAUCCGGCAGCUCAUCACUGCGGGCUGCAAGGGCUGCUUCCUGGAGGACCAGGCCUGGCCCAAGCGCAUGGGCCACAUGCGCAACAAGGAGGUCAUUGGCAUGGAGGAGUUCGCGGCCAAGAUCGCCGCCGCGCGCGAGGCCAUCGGCGAUCACGACUUCUUCCUGGUGGCUCGCACGGACGCGCGCGGCACCAGCGCCAAGUACGGCCUGGAGGAGGCCGUGAAGCGGGCCAACCUGUACGCGGACGCGGGCGCGGACGCCACCUUUGUGGAGGCGCCCCGCAGCACUGAGGAGCUGGCCGUCAUUGGGCGGGAGACCAAGGGCCUGCGCGUGUGCAACAUGCUGGAGGGCGGCGUGACCCCUCUGCACACGCCCGCCGAGCUCCAGGCGCUGGGCUUCCACAUGGCCGUCUACCCGCUGGCGGGGCUGUACGCCGCCACACGCGCCCUGCUGGACGUGUACGGCACCCUGGGGAUCAAGGGAACCACGCGCGACGACAUGUCGGGCCUGGCGCACUUUGAUGAGUUCAACGAGCUGAUCGGUCUGGAGGAGAAGAUCCGGACUGAGGAGCGGCUGUCCGUCCGCGACGCCUCGGACAAGCUGCACGUGCGCGUGCGCGCGCCCGUCAAGGAGCUGAACUAAACAGCUCGAGUCGACAGAGUGUCACGUUGGUAGCUGCGAGUUGCGCCAGCUGAUGGAAGGCUGCAGCUGAGUAUGAGAAGUGUGAGCUUGGGCUAAAGGAUGGAGCCGGCUAAUUUGGAGAGCUGUUGUUUGAGGGAGCACUUGGGAGGUACCAUGGCGCAACACACGACCGGGUUGCGGCCAUCAUGGAAGAGUUGGUGUUGGUGUUGGGGGGGCGCUUGGCAGGCAGGGCUGCGACGAGGCAGGUGGCGCUUGGUAGCGGCGUCAGGGGCCCUCUGGGCGGCCGCUCAGCGGUGUUGCGCUGCUGGGGUGAGCGCCGACGUUGAGACCCCCGGGUCGAUGUGUGCGCCAGUGAUGUGACAGGCGCAAGGCGGAGAGGCUCGCGAGCCGCGUUGAGCCGCGUUUGGCAGUGCAUGCAGUUUUAGGUGAGUUGCUGCUGCUGCAUUAGGGCCUCAGACUGGUGCGACUGGGUGGCGUUGCUCACUGUUUUGCCGGCCGGGCAGGCGGGGCAGGAGGCAUGAGACUGCGAGGAGCAAGAGAAGAACACCGUGCACACAUUGUUUCUUGUCUGUACUUUGAUGGGAUGAGAGAAAGCGGUACGCGUGUUCAUGUGCGUGUGUGUGUUGACAUGAAAGCUCGAAGCACCUACAGCUUCAGAAUUCAGAGGCCGCGUUUACAUGCUUGCUAGGAGGGAGGAGCGGAGGCAACGCAGCGUGGUAUGUUUGCCAUGCAAUGCCUGUGAGCCCACUGUUCAUGUAUUUGUGUUGCAACAGUAUGAGGACGUGUGCGACCUGCGUCUGAAUGCUGGCGCUUACAAACACCAGCACACGGACACCAGCACACGGAUCAACAAAAUGUGCGGCGUAUGAGUGAGUGCUUUGGAUUGAUGGGGCGUAGCUCUCGAUAUUCCAAGACCGUCGCAACAGCCAGCGUCAGUGGGGCAUGGGACAUGCACCAAUCCACGCAAGUCUGUC